AUGCCGAACAUCAGCUCUGUGAGCGAGUUCUUCCUGCUGGCAUUCUCAAACAAGCGUGAGCUGCAGCUCCUGCACUUCGAGCUCUUCCUGGGCAUCUACCUGGCUGCCCUCCUGGGCAACGGCUUCAUCCUCAGCGCCGUAGCCUGCCACCACCGCCUCCACACCCCCAUGUACUUCUUCCUCCUCAACCUCGCCCUCCUCGACCUGGGCUGCAUCUCCACCACUCUGCCCAAAGCCAUGGCCAAUGCCCUCUGGGACACCAGGACCAUCUCCUAUCAAGGAUGUGCUGCACAGGUCUUCUUUUUUGUCUUCUUCUUUGGAGCAGAGCUUUCCCUCCUCACCGUCAUGGCCUAUGACCGCCAUGUGGCCAUCUGCAAGCCCCUGCACUACGGGAGC